GGCAACGGCGGCGUUGCGGCGGCAAACGGCGGAGAGGCAUCGCCCUAGAUAACGGUAGAAUCGCGCAGUGCUGUCGCGUUGUCUUCUCGCGUGAGUGUGAAAAUCUAGGAGGCGCGGGGAGGUGUACAGGAAGAGGGCAGGCGGCGGCAGGAGAGAAAGAGAGAAAAAGAGAGAGAGAGGCGCGUCCGUCCGCGUAAUCAGCGUCGUCGUCGCCUUCUUCAAGGCUCGUGUUGCCCUCGUGAAUCGCGAACGGAGUCGUGUUGUGCCUCUACGGGAUCGAUCGGUACGCACUGUGCCGAUAUAUCAGGCGUGCCGUGUGUGCGGCGACAAUCUCGAGAGACGCAGGCCAAGGGGUACCCGGUAAAAACCGCAUUCGUCAUAACGUGCGACUCGAAUUUCCGAUCUUUCGUCAGCCAAUGCGGGAUCGGUCAGGCUAGUUAGUCUUGGCUAGCGGCGAGAAACCGUUCAACAGGGAGAGAACAGACAACGCACGGCGGUCUCGUUCGUCGUACCCCUCGGCCUCUCCUCAUGGACUCGUGACAGGGUGGCGACGGAGAAGCCGAGCCGAAUCAGAAGAGAGAGAGAACGCGCGGGCGGGCCAAGGUAUAGCUCUAAUAAAAUCGCCGAGUUCUCUCUCGUCCAGUCGUGGCGACGACGAAGAGACGGGGCCGACGAGGGACGCGAGGAGAAGAACGAGAAUAAUACAGGCUUGCCGCUGCCUUAUGCGCGUGUAUGUGUAUGCACGCUUGAGAGCCGCUGAGCCGACUUGCGCGAGCGACAGGGACGGACAGUAGGAGAAUAAGAGAGACCGAGCGGGAACGAGAACGGCGGAGGAGAGAAUUAUCGAGUGAAUCCCGGGGAGAUACUGCGUUCUGCGAGGAGCGUGGGGCCAUUCAGGAGGCACGAGAGGUCCGUCUCAUUGAAAGCAAAUCAAGGCAAAACGUGGCGGAUUCGGUGACCCCUCGACUGUGAUCAGGCCCAUAGGCAGUAGGUAGGGCAAGGAGAUGCGCGAAUAUAAAAUAGUGGUGCUGGGCAGUGGAGGUGUAGGCAAGUCCGCCCUCACUGUCCAGUUUGUACAAGAAAUUUUCGUAGAAAAGUAUGAUCCGACGAUCGAGGACAGUUACCGCAAGCAAGUCGAGGUCGACGGUCAGCAAUGUAUGUUAGAAAUUCUAGACACAGCCGGCACGGAACAAUUCACAGCCAUGAGGGACCUUUAUAUGAAAAACGGGCAAGGCUUCGUGUUAGUGUAUUCGAUAACAGCACAAUCAACCUUCAACGACCUGCAAGACCUCAGAGAACAGAUCUUGCGAGUAAAGGACACAGAUGAUGUGCCGAUGGUGCUAGUAGGUAACAAGUGCGACCUGGAAGAUGAGAGGGUAGUAGGAAAGGAUCAGGGUGUCAACCUUGCCCGGCAAUUUAAUUGCGUGUUUAUGGAGACCUCUGCCAAAGCUAAAAUUAACGUUCGCGAUAUUUUCUACGACCUGGUGCGACAAAUAAACAAGAAAUCGCCAGAGAAGAAGAUGAAGCAGAAGAAGAAAUCGCUGUGCCUACUUUUGUAAGGUAUAUAUGGCGGAGCCCAUAUUCUCCUACAUGAAAAUCCGAGGAUACCAGUGGAUUAAAAAAAAAAAAGGACCGGAGCGGUUAUAAAACAAGAAA